AUGCCUGAAAAUCCUGCUGCAGAUAAACAGCAGGUGCUGCAGAUCCUUGAUCGUUUGCAAGCAAAACUGCGUGAGAAAAGAGAUUCCCAGCAUAAUGAAAACCUGACUGUUCUGCGCAACACACUCAGUAGCCCCUUGUUUAACCAGAUCCUGACCCUCCAGCAAUCCAUCAAGCAACUGAAGGAACAGCUCAAUUACAUGCCUCCUGACUGUUCAGUAGAGUUUGAUUUUACUAAAAGAGGGCUGCUAGUGUUUGCUGACAAAUCAGUUGCUGCUGGGAGCGUGUAUACACCUUGCAGUUCACCUGAACCCAGAGCAUCUGCCUUUCCUCCAAACCUGGGAGGCAAUGACUUCAAUGCAGUCAUCCAACAGAUGGCAAAGGGGAGACAAAUAGAAUCAAUAAAGAUUGAAAAGCCUUCUGUUGGAGGUCUUGGAUUUAGUGUGGUUGCCCUUAAAAAUCACAGCUUGGGAGAAGUUGGUAUCUUUGUCAAGGAAGUCCAGCCAGGAGGCAUAGCUGACAGGGAUCAAAGACUAAAGGAAAAUGACCACAUACUGGCCAUUAAUUGCACCCCAUUGGAUCAGAACAUUUCCCAUCAGCAAGCUAUUGCGCUCCUCCAGCAAUCCACGGGAUCUCUACAUCUGGUUGUUGCUAGGGAGCCAGUUCAAGGGAACAGCAGAACUUCGGCUGUCUUAUUAAGUGAUAUAAAUCCACCUGAGACUAUUCACUGGGGCCACGUCGAAGACGUUGAGCUGAUUAACGAUGGUUCAGGAUUAGGCUUUGGAAUCGUAGGAGGGAAGUCGAGUGGAGUGGUUGUAAGAACAAUUGUUCCCGGGGGAUUAGCAGAUCGGGAUGGGAGGCUCCGGACGGGAGAUCACAUCUUACAGAUUGGAGGGACCAACGUGCAAGGAAUGACCAGUGAACAAGUGGCGCAAGUGCUGAGAAACUGUGGGAAUUCUGUUAGGAUGAUUGUCGCAAGAGACCCAAAGUUUGAAAUUCUGGAGACUCCACCAGCCCCUGUGAGCUGGCCAGUCACUACAUUACCUUCCUUUCAAAAUGGCCAUGAUAUUACCAACCUUUUUGAGACCUAUGAUGUUGAACUUAUAAAAAAGAAUGGGCAAAGCCUGGGGAUAACAAUUGUUGGAUAUGCUGGCACAUGUGAUGCGGAACCUUCAGGGAUUUUUGUGAAAAAUAUAAUACCUGGUAGUGCUGCUGACCACAAUGGCCAAAUUCAUGUUCAUGACAAAAUUGUUGCUGUUGAUGGAGUUAAUAUACAGGAUUAUACCAACCAAGAAGUGGUAGAGGCGUUGCGUAACACAGGACAGACUGUGCGCCUUACCUUACUUAGAAGGAAAUCUUCUACUGUGUCUUCAGAAAGACCUUCAGAUAGAAGGCAGCCAGCUGUUCCAACCUUUCUGUCCCCUGGAGCUCUAGGGAUCGAGACUAUCGUGAACUCUAAGAAUGAGGAAAAUGGUGAACAGAAGGAUAACCUUCAAAAUGCGAAGAAACAGAGUCUACAGAAAACAGGAAGAGUUCCGCUCCCUCCAGCAUUUGAGCUGAAAUCCAAGUGGGAAAACCUGCUGGGACCUGAAUAUGAAGUGAUGGUGGUGAACGUGGAUAUGCCUAUUACAGAUGAUUCGGAGCUCCAGAAGUACUCAAAGCUCUUACCCAUCCACACUUUGAGGUUAGGAGUGGAGCUUGACACAUUUGAUGGACACCAUUAUAUAUCAUCAAUUGCUGCAGAUGGCCCAGCUGCAGUGCUUGGUCUUCUGCAACCGGAGGAUGAACUUCUGGAGGUGAAUGGAGUUCAGCUGUACGGAAAAUCACGUCGUGAGGCGGUCACUUUUCUAAAGGAAGUGCCACCCCCCUUUACACUGGUUUGCUGUCGGCGACUUUUUGAUGAUGGCAGUGAGUCUCUUGUGGAUGAACCCACCCUGGGAGUCUCCCCUCCAGAACCAAAGAUGAAACCUGAGGAAGACAUUAAUCCUGAGGAGGAAGAAGGGGAAUUAGCGCUCUGGUCUCCUGAUGUGAAGGUUAUUGAACUGGAGAAAGACAAAAAUGGUUUAGGAUUCAGCAUUUUAGACUACCAGAGGCUGCUCCUCAUCAUCUUCAUCCUCACCCUCGGCUGGGGAGCUGCGCUCCUGCGGGAGCUGGGCUGGCCUGGAGUGCCCUCUCUCGGCUGCUGCGGGAACCUCGCAGUUGUGGUUCACAUACUCUGUGGCUGGCUCGAGCACAAAGAAAAAGACAACAGCUACAACAUGCAGUUCCUCAAAGGGUUACCUGGAGGCCAGCAUCCUGGGCUGCUGCUGCCGCUGCUGCUGCCUGGCAGUGGACAACCUCCAUCAUUUAUACCAGUGGCAAUUAUUAUUUUACAU